CGGACGUCUUUGUCGGCCAUGACAGCGUCGGGGGAGCACUCGGGAUGCUGCUCCACCGCCGCGCCAGGCGCCAGUCGCUCGUUUCGCGUCGCCCCGUCGCUAUCAUCAUCAGGAUACGACGUCAGCGCGCGACCGUUGUUACCUGUUGAAUAUCGUUCGUCGGUCGGUGUUGAUCAUGUUGAUCAUGUUGAUACUACCUAGCCGUGUGCCGUUGUUGUGUGUUCGUAUUAAAGAGGAUUAAUUGGAGGAUACUAUUGUAUUGUUGUUGAUAUAUUAUAUGAGUGAUCAAAACAAGGAGAAUUAUAUUUAAGAAAAUAUAUUUAUACAUAUAUAUCGUUGUUGAGAAUUUUCGGUCGGUUUUUCGAUUUUGUUCAAGUGAAAUUAUUCGUGUUAGGUGCUUCCGUAGCAUCACAAAAGCAGCCAUUCUAAAUGAUGUAGUUUGUAGGAAUAAAAUAACAUAGUGCUAUAAUACUACGUUAGUUACGUUAGGACCAAUUAAGACCACCUCUCCCCACAAAUACCUCCUUAGUAAAUAUUUAAGAAAAAAAAACCAAGAACAUCCCACACUAGUCAAAUUAAGCAAAAAAAAAACAAAAUAAAAAUACAGUUCUUUAAGUCGAAAAAAGUGACAUUUGUGACGUAACAAGUGACGUCGGUGGUACGAAUUUUAACGAUGAUCGACGAAGAAGACGUUCAGUGAUGGAAAGCUUGGAAGAAGCUGCGGCUCGUGACGAAGCUGAACGCCAGCAAAGCUUGAAGGAUUUGGAGCAGCUCUACGAGUGGUUGCAGCAGUUCGAGGAUCCGCCUCCGGCACCGAGGCCUCCUCCACCCUACCAGUUCAGAAAUGGAGACAUCACCCAGAAAGGAUACGAGAAAAAAAGGACGAGGCUUUUGUCCCCCUAUGUGCCUAAACAGAAUUCCACCGGCAGCGAGCCAGAGGGCGGCGUUGGCGGUGGGGGCGGCAGCGGUGGCGGCAGGGGCGGCGACCGGCCGCCCCAACAGCACACGAGGCGUCGCACUCAGCGGCGCGUCACCCACAACGAGAAGCGCUACCAUUCAGAAGUUAGACAAGAAGCAGUCCAACAAGCCCUGGCUCAAGCGAUGCAAAACAGGCACAAACCGUCCAUGCCGAUGCCCUCCAAAAGGACGUCAGUCAUGGCCAGAAGUCCGGAGAGGGACAGACAUGAUUCAGAAUCAUCUUCGGACGAGGACAGCGUAGCCAAUGAGGACGCCCUUCCCGCGGUGGAGAGCACGCCCGAACGAGAAAAGGCGGCGGUGGCGGCGAUGAGGGGCGGCAGCGGGGGCGGCCCGCACGCCUUCCCCCCUCCCCCGCCCAGCGACACGUCGAGCGCCGGCUCGCCGCCGCCCCUGCAAAGGCGGCCGAGGGCGCCGCCGCCCUUGUGGGGCGACCAGCAGCGCGGCCGCAGUCAGCAAGAGAUCACGGAUAUCAGCGACGUGUUGCAGAAUUUCAGGCCGUAUUCACAACCACCAGAUGUUACUAAUAACACAGCCCAGGGCGGUCGCAGAACAGCAGCAGAUAGAGUUAAUCGUUUCACGUCUUCAGCGUCAGAAGAUGGUACUAUGGGCACCGGUACUGGAAGAUGGAAGGUAUCUGCCAAGAUCCAGCAGCUUCUCAACACACUUAAACGACCAAAGCGACGACCUCUACCGGAAUUCUACGAGGACGACGACAUAGAGCUAGAACUGGCAGCCAAUCCCAAAGACCCCAAUGCUCCCAAACCCGAAGGCAGCUGUAUGUCACCCGCGAUUGGAGAACAAUUGACCAUUCCCUCUGGAUUGCCGAGAAACCUGGAAGCGGCCAUUUUACGGUACGGCAAUGCCAGCUUCAAGGCACCAGUGGCAACGGUGUUGGAUCCCAACGGAAAGCUAUCUACAACUUUAACUUAUGGCAAACUCCUAAGUCGAUCUCACAAGAUAGCCUACGCUUUGCUCACCAAAUCGUUCAGCAAAAACGGGGACACCAGCCUGAAAUCUGGCGAUCGCGUUGCGCUGGUCUAUCCCAACAACGAUCCCAUCAACUUCCUGUGCGCUUUCUACGGUUGUAUUCAGGCGGGUAUCGUUCCUGUACCCAUCGAAGUACCCAUCACUAGGCGAGAUGCUGGUUCGCUUCAAAUUGGGUUCUUGUUAGGCAGCUGCGCAGUACAGGUAGCUUUAACAUCGGAAGCAUGUCUAAAAGGCCUGCCCAAAACCACAUCAGGAGAAGUGAUACAGUUCAAAGGCUGGCCAAAAUUAACGUGGUUUGUCACUGAACACCUAACAAAAACGCCCAAAGAUUGGUCUCCAGCACCUAGACUUAGCGAUGACACUCCUGCAUACAUAGAAUACAGCACUGAUAGGGAUGGAUCUGUCAUGGGCGUUACUAUUACCAGGGCAGCUAUGGUGCAACAUUGCAAGAUGCUUACCAUGGCAUGUAAUUAUACUGAAGGAGAAAACAUGGUGUGCGUUUUGGACUUUAAAAGAGAGGUGGGCCUGUGGCACUCAGUGCUGACCAGCGUCCUGAACGGGAUGCACGUCGUCUACAUCCCCUACGCCCUAAUGAAAGCCAACCCCGCCAGUUGGAUGCAGAUGAUCACCAAGUACAGAGCGUGCGUGGCCGUGGUCAAGUCCAGGGACCUGCACUGGGGCCUUCUGGCCACGAAGGAUCACAAGGACAUCAAUCUGGGCUCGCUGAGGAUGCUGCUGGUGGCCGACGGGGCCAAUCCCUGGUCGCUGAGCAGCUGCGACCAGUUCCUUUCCGUGUUCCAGAGCAAGGGGCUCAGGGCUGACGCUAUAUGUCCUUGCGCCAGCUCUAGUGAAUGUUUAACUGUAUCUGUUCGACGACCAGGCAGAGGCGGCGUCAAUGCUACAGGCAGGGGCGUGCUCUCCAUGCAAGGACUAAGUUACGGUGUGGUUAGAGUGGACCAAGAAAAUAGUCUAACAUCUUUAACGCUUCAAGACUGUGGACAGGUUAUGCCGGGAUGUGUCAUAGUAGUAGUUAAGAUGGAGGGAUCCUCCUAUUUGUGUAAGACAGACGAGGUGGGAGAAAUAUGUGUAAAUUCGGGAGCGACAGGGACACAGUAUUGGGGUUUGCCGGGCUUAAGCAACACAACGUUUAAGGUCCAACCUCUUGGGAGCGAUGGUAAACCUAUCUCAGAGGCCGAAUACACCCGCAGUGGACUUCUUGGUUUCCUUGGACCGGGCGGUCUUGUUUUUGUUUGCGGGUCCAGGGACGGGCUGAUGACCGUAACAGGAAGAAAACACAACGCAGAUGACAUAAUAGCAACUGUUUUGGCUGUGGAACCUAUGAAGUUUAUAUAUAGAGGCAGGAUAGCAGUAUUCAGCAUUAGAGUAUUAAGAGACGAAAGGAUCUGUGUUAUAGCCGAACAAAGACCUGAUUGUAGUGAGGAAGAGUCAUUCCAAUGGAUGUCCCGAGUGCUCCAAGCAGUGGACUCCAUCCACCAGGUGGGAAUCUACUGUUUGGCGUUGGUACCUCCGAAUUAUCUUCCUAAAACGCCCCUAGGCGGCAUACACCUCUCCGAGACGAAGAGGAGGUUCUUGGAAGGGGCCCUGCACCCCGCCAACGUGCUCAUGUGUCCUCACACUUGCGUCACUAAUUUGCCCAAACCACGCGAAGUGCACUCAGCAAGCGACUGUGUUUCAGACGUGGGACCGGCCAGCGUGAUCGUGGGCAACCUGGUGCAGGGCAACCGGCUGGCCAGCGCCCAGGGCAGGGAGGUCGGCGGCCUGGUCGAGGAGGACAACGAGGCCACCAAAAAGCAACAAAUGAUUGGUGAAAUGCUACGUUGGCGUGCCCAGAGCACGUCAGAUCAUAUCCUCUUCACCCUGUUGAACAACAAAGGCGCAGUGGCCAGGGCCGUAUCCUGCUCAGAACUUCACAAGAAGGCCGAACGAAUCGGCAACUUGCUGGUGGAAAAAGGGAGAAUUAACACCGGCGAUCACGUAGCUUUAAUUUUCCCACCCGGUAUCGAUCUGAUCUGCGCUUUCUAUGGCUGUAUAUACGUGGGAGCUGUGCCGGUAACGAUACGACCGCCGCACCCCCAGAACCUCCAGACCACGCUGCCCACCGUCCGCAUGAUCGUGGACGUGUCCAAGUCGGUGCUGGUCCUCUCCAUUCAGGCUGUGAUCAAGAUGCUGCGCUCGAAAGAGGCCAGCAACGUGGUGGACGUCAAGGCGUGGCCCGUCAUCCUCGACACGGACGACAUGCCCAAGAAGAAACUACCGGUGGUCUACAGGGCUCCAACAGCGGAAAUGCUUGCCUACUUAGAUUUCAGCGUUUCGACGACGGGUCUCCUCGCCGGCAUCAAAAUGUCUCACGCAGCUGUCACGAAUUUGUGCAAGAGUAUGAAGCUGGCUUGCGAACUCUACCCUAGCAGACACAUAGCCCUAUGUCUAGACCCGUAUUGCGGCUUAGGAUUUGCUUUAUGGUGUUUAAGCAGUAUAUAUUCAGGUCACCAUUCCAUUCUCAUCCCGCCUUCUGAAGUGGAGGUGAACCCCUCGCUGUGGCUGUCCGCCGUGUCCCAGUACAAGGUGAGGGACACCUUCUGUUCCUACGGAGUGAUGGAGAUGUGCACGAAAGGACUGGGUUCGACAGUUAGUCAGCUGAAAAGCAGGGGAGUGAACUUGGCUUGCGUGAGGACGUGCGUGGUUGUGGCGGAGGAAAGGCCUAGGAUCAACCUGACCACUAGUUUUUCAAAGUUAUUUAGCGCUAUAGGUUUAAGUCCAAGGGCUGUAUCCACAUCGUUCGGGUGCAGGGUGAACGUAGCCAUUUGUCUUCAAGGUGCUUCUAGUCCGGAACCUUCCACCGUCUACGUGGAUUUAAGGGCAUUAAGGAACGACAGGGUAACGCUGGUAGAGCGGGGAAGUCCCCACAGUUUGUGCCUGAUGGAAAGCGGCAAACUGUUACCCGGAGUCAAAGUGAUCAUCGCCAAUCCAGAAUCAAAAGGACAAUGUGGCGAUUCUCACCUGGGCGAAAUCUGGGUACAGAGUGGUCACAACGCCAGUGGCUACUUCACGAUCUACGGGGACGAACCGGAAUUCGCGGACCAUUUCAACGCGAGACUAGUCACGGGGAAUACGGGAGAGGUGUAUGCCCGCACGGGAUAUUUAGGCUUUUUAAGAAGGACGGAGGGCACUGAACGCAGUGGCUCGGAAGAGACGAUCCUAAGUCAAAGCGACAACGAAUCUGUUGGUUCUUCGCAUCAUUUGGUGCCCACGGACACUUCCGAACUACACGACGCUGUGUUCGUGGUGGGUGCUCUGGACGAAACCAUAAUGCUUAGAGGAAUGAGGUACCAUCCCAUCGAUAUCGAAAAUUCGGUUCUGCGAUGCCAUAAGAAAAUAGCAGAAUGUGCCGUCUUCACGUGGACGAACCUCUUGGUAGUCGUGGUCGAACUCGACGGCAACGAAAGCGAAGCCCUAGACCUAGUACCGCUGGUAACCAACACGGUACUCGAAGAACACCACCUCAUAGUCGGCGUGGUCGUCGUGGUGGACCCGGGCAUCGUACCCAUCAAUUCCCGGGGCGAGAAGCAACGGAUGCACCUGAGGGACGGUUUCUUAGCCGAUCAGCUUGAUCCCAUAUACGUGGCGUACAACAUGUAACGAAAAGCUCACAAUUUCUGUGCCAAGCACGGAAAGAAACGACUCAAACAGAUGUCUGUGUAAAGGGGGCACUUUGUAUAGACCGAAACUUUGGAUUAUGUAGAUUGACUCACUGUUGUGUACUAUUAUGAAGCAUUGGGUCACCCUGUAUAGCGAGGAGUGUGCGGUCCAAGAAAAAAAAACAUCAUCGAAAUAGGACAUCAUCUCCCUUGUUUUUCUCUAUAACCUUACAAGGAAAAAAACACAUUCACAAAGAUUCUACUGCCCAUUCAGUUGACUGUUUUUGAUUUUUUUUACGUUGUAAGUAGUUGAAAUUGCUAGCGAAAUAAAACCCCAAUAAUGUAGAUUUUUGUUACUGCAAGAAUGUAUAAACUGUAUUUGUAACGACUGCAACCUUCUAGGAAUAUCGUUAAAAAUCACAGAUAAGUUUUUUUUGUAAAAAGUAACCCACUGAUUUAUGAAUCCAGGGAGACAAAUUUCUCAUUAGUUCUUUACUUAAACACAAAUUUCAUUAAACAACAGAAACGUCUCUUCUAUUCAGACACUAAGAUAUAAAAAGCAAUAAAAUGAGAACAAUUUAAAAACUUCUUAACAAAUAUAACUGUUAUGAGAACACAUUAAUAAAAUUUAAACAGAUAUAACUGUUAAUGAGAACACUUUAAAUGCUUGCUAACUGAUAUAACUGUUAAUGAGAACACUUUAAAUACUUGUUAACUGGUACAACUAUCAAUGAGAACACUUUAAAUACUUUUUCACAAGUAUAACUGUUGAUGAGAACACUUAAUAAUUUUUGACAAAUAUAUUAACUGUUAAUUAGAAAAGGUUCAAUACUUUUUAACAUAAAUAGCUGUUAACGAAAACACCAAAUCCUUGUCAAGAGGUAAUGAAAAAAGGUUUAAAAACAUUUUAUUGAUAUAACUGUUAAUAAGAGCACAUUAAAAACGUUUAAACAGAUAUAACUAUUAAUAAGAACACUUUAACUGCUUGCUAACAGAUAUAACUGUUAAUGAGAACACUUUAAAUACUUGUUAACUGGUACAACUAUCAAUGAGAACACUUUAAAUACUUUUUCACAAGUAUAACUGUUGAUGAGAACACUUAAUAAUUUUUGACAAAUAUAUUAACUGUUAAUUAGAAAACGUUCAAUACUUUUUAACAUAAAUAGCUGUUAAUGAAAACACUAAAUCCUUGUCAUGUAUAACUGUUAAUGAAAAAAGGUUUAAAAACAUUUUACUGAUAUAACUGUUAAUAAGAACCACAUUAAAACGUUUAAACAGGUAUAACUGUUAAUGAGAACACUUUAAACGCUUGCUAACAGAUAUAACUAUUAAUGAGAACACUUUAAAUGCUUUUUCACGAGUAUAACUACUGUUGAUGAGAACACUUAAUAAUUUUUUUAACAAAUAUAACUGUUAAUUAGAAAAGGUUUAAUACUUUUUAACAUAAAUAGCUGUUAACGAAAACACUAAAUCCUUGUCAAGAGGUAUAACUGUUAAUGAAAAAAGGUUUAAAAACACUUAACUGAUAUAAUUGUUAAUGAGAAAAAAAUUAAUACUUUUUAGCAUAAAUAGCUGCUAAUGAGAACACUUUAUAUCCUUUUUAAGAGGUAUGAAAAAAAUUUAAUACUUUUUAAAAGAUAUAACUGUUAGUGAGAACACUUCGUAUAUUUUAACAGUUAUAAAUCUAUAAAUAAAAACACUUUAAAUAGGUUUCUUACACAUAUAAUUCAUGAGCAUACUUUAAAUAUUUUCUAGCUGUUAAAAAGUAUUUAAAGUGUUCUGAUUUAUAGUUUUAACUGUUAAAAUAUAUUUCAACUGUUCUAGUUUUAGUUGAUUUUUAUAUUUUAACAUGUUUUGUCUUUUAAUCGCUGUUCAUGAUCAUGUUCUGUCGGAGAUUAAGAAGUGUAUUAAAUUACUGGUGCAAAUUUGUGUUCUAGAAAAGAACCAAUGAGAAAUUAUAUUGUAAUUUUUAUAUUAUGUUGUAGAUGUAAUAUUGCUAGAAGAUUGUGGUAUGAACCGGCCACAGAAAUCUAGACAUUGCUUGUAUUUGUAAUGUUUAAUAUUAUCUGGUUCAAAAAGCACAAAGACACACAGUGAAUGAUUUAAAUUAGGCCAGAAUUGAAACAAUAAAAAAAUAUACAGGGUGUAGAAAAUAUUUCGGUUUUAUUUAACCAAGUUUCGUCUUAUAUUAUUUCAUUUACCUAUGAUAUCUUACUAUUUUGAAAAUAUAGUUUUUCAACAACUACGUGGAACGCACUACGCAAAGUUAAGCGACGUUAGGCUAGGUGAACUUUUGGACGGGCGAUCGUCUAAAAUACGUUUAUAAAUAUUUUUUUUCAACUCUGGUCAAUUCUAACCUAAUUUAUUCGACUCUACAAUAGUUUCAGCACAACAAACAUUCCUUCUUAAACUACAUAACCUCUAAAUAGUGUUUUU